AUGAAUGGGGCUGGACAGGCCUGGUACGGACCGAGCCUGACAAAAAUCAAGGUCUGGCCGGCCAACCCUGGCCAGCAGAACGAGCCUAAUGUCAAAUUUAUUCCUUCAUUAUAUAUCAUUUUAAGGUCUUUCAUAGCAAUUGCUUUGUCCCCUAUCACUCCUAGCUUAUGUUUGAGAAUAUACACCCAGCUUGGUUAUUCUGAAGACCAGUUCAAAGCUGUUACUUGGAAUGAUACGAAAUGGGGCGGGCUGAAGUGCGGUCAGAUCAUGGCUCAACCAAAUCCUGUUUUUGGUAGGAUUGAACUUGAGACUGAAGCGAAAAAUGCAGGGGAGUCGGCUAAGAAAGCAAGCAAGAAAAUGAACAAGACGCCAAAGACCCAAAAGGCAGUUGAAGCCUAG